AUGACAACUACCACUACAACCACAACAACAACAACGACGACGACGACGACGACUACUACAACUACUACAACAACAACUACUUCUACAUCAUCUAUUUCCACUCCUCCUCCUCCAGUGGAGCGAAUCAUCUCCCACUGGGACAAGUGCAGCGCCCGAUGCGGCGGGGGCCAUCAAAUCGGCCAUCCCCAUCCCUGCCUCGCAAAUUACACCACGUCAGAAAUCGCCGAGGACUGCAAGAAUUUGAAGCUGGUCGAAGUGUGCAACGACUUCCCGUGCGAAGAGCGCUGCCAAGACGAUUACUUCGACUUGGUCAUUUUCGUGCAUCAGUCAAAAACGGGAGACGAAGGCGUGGACAACUUGAAGAACUUCUUUUUCUGGCUGGAGCAGCUUUUGCUCAGCUUUGAAAGCGGCGACGAAAUGGGCCCGGACGCGUUUCAAGUCUCGCUGAUCAUUUACGGCGCGAGCAGCGAGACGAUCAUUCCUCUCAAUCCAGUCCAAAAAAGCAGAACAGAACUCAUCGACUUUUUAUGGGACCAGCUGCGAAAGCGAGGCCCAGACUGGACCGACUACUUCGACGAAGAAGUCACCAGCCAGCACAAUUUAACCAGAGCUUUGGAUGAUCUAUCGAACUUGCUGGAAACAGACCAGUUGCAAGGACGUCGUCAAAUCGGAGUGCCACUGAUUGUGGGAAUUGUCUCGGACGAGAUGGCUUAUCCUGCUGGAGAGAGGGCGGAGCUCAAACGCGUCGGGCUGAGGCUCAAGCAAGCGGGCGCGCGAAUGCUUUUUGGCGUCGGAAUCAGGCACAGCGAGGCGCAUAAAUGGGAGCUACGUGCAACCCGGAAAUCCUGGACGGCUCUGGUUACCAGAGACGUUUCCAAGCAUCCAGAUGAUGUGACCCAGAAACAUGUUUAUAUGCUGCAGACUUGGGAGUCACUGGCAAACUUGGGCGGCUCGUGGCACUCGAUCGCUGAGCGAAUCUGCAUGGAGGACGAAUUCAACGAUUUGUGCGACGAAAAUGAGUACGUCCACAGCUGCGGCGGCGAGGACAGAAUUUGCAACACGAUAAAGACAGGGAUCGAAUGCUCCUGCUUGGAACAUGAAGAUGAAAUUUUCGAGCUUCAAAGCGGCGGUUUUUUUGCGAUCCCCAGCGCCUGUCGAAAUCACAGUGACAUUGAUGAGAUUCCUUUUGGCUUGGAAAAUUCUGUUCCGCUGCGGCUUAAAUCCGCCAGCGACGGGAGAAGACGACGCAAGAGGAACAAGAAAAAUAGAAAACGAAAAACUCGGCGAUUAAACUAA